UCUCUAAAAGAAGGGAUGUAUUUAGGGGUAUUAGAAUUCCAUCCCAAGGCAGGUAUACCCACAGUGGCUCGAGCCGCUCGCAGAUACCAGGCCCAGAGCAGGACGGGAAUUAUUAGCUGGCAACACCUUCGGAUAUUCAUAUUUCACACUGUGCUAGAGACUAAUUCCAUUUGGCUGUGGCCCGGCCGGCAAUGGGCUGAAUUUUGGCCCGGAAUCAACGCGAUAGAUUGGCCAUCGCUGCCAUGGCCUAAUGAGCAUUUGUCAUUAUCAUAAUUGCCCUUCCCCCACCGCCCAUAACUGGUUCCUCGACAAUAGUUAUCUAUUGCUCGAUAGAGAAUCGAGUCGACUUUAAAUCAAUUUUUGGAAUCCACCUCCAGCCUCUUAAAUGCGCAAUAACCAAAUUGCUGGCCUCCAUUUUGGGUGGGAUUAUUUUAAACGUGUCUGGCGUUCGAGUCUGGAACUUUUGGACUUUGGGUUCAGUCAGCAUUUGACGAAAAUAUCGAAAAGAUCAAUGAAAUUUCACUCCUCCGGACGUUUCGGGCUCUUGGUGGGGUUGUUGUUGGCUGCUACGGAGGUGAUGGGGAAAAUAAAGAUGAUAGACAGUGUGUGCAGCGACUUCAAUCGGAGCUACCUCUCCAACGUGUCGUUGGUGGUGAGGAAUUCCAGGGUAUAUUUCGAUACAUUCCUGCUGCGCGGCCUGGACACGGGCGUGACCAUGGACCUGGAGUUCCGCAUAGGCGUCCCCAAGUCGAGGGAGUACAAGAGGAUCUUCCAGUACUCGCUGGACAUGUGCAGCAUACUGGCCCUGAAGAAGAGCAGCAUGUUCAAGCGCUGGUUCUCCACCUUCUUCGAGGCCGGCAACUUUCCGCGCUACUGCCCCGUGCAUCCGAACCACUACUACCUGAAGGACUACAACUACAACACGCUCUUCAUUCCCACCUUCCUGUACGCGGGCCAGUACAAGGUGACGUUCAACAUGACCCAGUACAGGGACAAGCGAAAGACUAGGGACUUUGUGGUGGCCUGCGCCUUCUACGCGGAAAUAAAGUAGCCGACCUGUGACUCCAGUUUCAUUAACCUGCGCUGUGGCCUUCAAUUAUAAUCAAUUUAGUCUGGCUCGCGCUCUUCGCCCAGCAAAUUAUAUGUCGAGGCUCAUUCCACAGUCGUCGUUGGCGGAGAAAUGUUGAGUUUAUUCACCAUUACAACGCUGCUCUUCCUCCACCAGUGGGUGGCCACGCAGGCCGUGAGUAUUGGAGGGCAGAUCUACGAUAGUUGGCAGGGAUAACGGGGACCUGUGUGUGGGCCC